AUGGCAGCAGACGAACCCAAGACAAUACCAAUCUCUACCAACGAGAUCGAGUCCGACUCUCGUGGAACCAGUGACGGAGAUGAGUCGGACAAGGAGCAGAGAAUCGCACCCCAUGACGGCAAAAGUACAUUCAACUCUGUCGAGGACCACCGCUUCUACAGACCAAUCGACAGCUAUGAGGGCCUACACCGGUGGGAUCCGCACUUUGAGUGGACGCGGGAGGAGGAGAAGAGGAUUAUCGACGCCCGCGUGUGCACAUUCGCCUGCGUAACCUUCUUCGCCCUGCAACUCGACCGCGGAAACAUCGGGCAAGCCCUGGCAAGCACCCUCCUCGAAGACCUCAACAUGACCAGCAACGACUACAACACAGGACAGACCAUCUUCCUCGUCUGCUUCCUCCUCGCCGAACUCCCCUCGCAACUCAUCUCCAAACGCCUCGGUCCUGACCGCUGGAUCCCCAUCCAGAUGGUCGCGUGGAGUCUCGUCGCCGCCUGCCAGGCCUUUCUCAAGACGAAAUCCGCGUACCUGGGUCUCCGCGCUUUACUCGGCCUCCUCGAGGGCGGGUUCAUCCCGGACACAAUCCUCUUCCUAUCAUUCUUCUACAAAUCCAGCGAAUUGCCGAAACGGUUGACAUGCUUCUGGAUCUCAUACACGCUCACCAGCAUAAUCGGCGCCUUUCUCGCCUUUGGCUUCCUGCACAUCAAGGACUCAAACGGCGGCGGAUCCUGGCGAUACCUCUUCGCCUACGAGGGGCUCAUCACAGGCGUAAUCGGUAUUAUUGCAGCCUUCUGGAUGCCCGCCUCCCCCGUGCAGACCAAGGGCGGAUUCCGGGGCAAGGACGGCUGGUUCAACGAGCACGAGGAGAAAAUCAUGGUGAACCGCGUGAUCCGCGAUGAUCCGAGUAAAGGCAGCAUGCACAACCGGCAGGCCGUUACGCCGAAGCUCCUCUGGGAGAGUCUCAAGGAUUACCACAUGUGGCCGAUUUAUGGACUGGGACUCAUCUGGAUGAUUCCGACGACGCCCGCGACGAAUUAUCUCACGCUGCAGCUGCGCCAGCAGGGGUUUUCGACGUUUCAGACGAAUCUGCUGGUUAUCCCGUCUGCGGUGCUUGCGAUCAUUACGAUGAUUAGCACGACGUGGUUGGCCGAACGGACGAAUCAGAGAUUGCUCUUUGGGGCCGGGGUUGAGGUUUGGAAUCUCGUUCUGCUUAUUGCACUUGAGACGCUUCCGGAGAAGAGUAUGCCCUGGCCGCGAUGGGCGAUUCUCACGCUGCUUGUUGGAGGACCGAGCAUCCAUCCUGUUGUUGUGGCGCUCACUUCGAGGAAUGCGGGGUCCGUACGGACGAGGACGGUUGCGUCGGCGUUGUAUAAUAUGUCGGUGCAGUUAAGUAGUAUUGCUGGAGCGAAUGUCUAUCGAACGAAUGAUGCACCGUACUACAAGCACGGUAACAAGGUCCUCAUUGCCUUGGCUGUAACGAGUAUGUUCCUCUUUGGGGCAGCCAAGGUUUAUUAUGACUGGCGGAACAGACAAAACGCCGCCAAGUGGCAGGCUUUGACCCCCGAACAGAAGGAGACGUAUCUCCGUGAGAAUCCCGUCAUGACGAAUAAACGGUAUGUCGCCUCCCAGGGCUCCAUGUUUGACCAAGGCUCACAGUGA